AUGUCGCAACGAAACCGCAGCGGCCGCGGGUCCAACCGCAACAAUGGGGGUGUGCACGGCGAAGAGGUCCAGAUAUGGGAUGAGGCCAAAGCGUCCUUCAACGACCUCAUCAGCGGUAUCAACGCGGACAAUGACAAUCUGGCCAAGCUCGUGGCCAUGGACAAGCAGGCCGGCACAAUGGACUCGGACAGCGUGCCCACGAGCACUAUGAGGGAAAUGGAGGAGCUCUGCCGCUCCGGGGUCAAGAAGUCCGAGGACAACAUCAACUUAGCCAAGAACCUCACGGAACGCCUCAAGGUUCUCCGAGCCGUCGUGGUGGCCAAGGAACAGGCCGAAGCACCUCCCGCCGGGCCAUCUAAGAGGUCAACCACUAGAGACAGCGCAGCGGCCGCCUCCCUCUACGACUUUGACGGCGCAGGCGACUCCCCCGUGCCCAGCCCCGUGGCCGGUUCAUCUCGAAAACACGGCGAUCGAAGCAGCAACCGGGACAGGGACAGCAUUCCGCCCAAGGCGGACAGUGUCGAGCCCCCGGGAUCUACGAGCGGCAGCGCGGCGGCCUCUGCCGCCAUCAAUAGGUCCAGGGUGCUCUUCUCCAAGGGCGACGAGGUGGCCUUCAAGCCCAAGGCCGUCAAUGGCGAGCAGACGUCGGACUGGAUCCUCGGUGAGGUGGCCGCAGUGCUCGGCGAGGGCAAGAGUCGGCGGUACAAGGUUAUCGACAUUGAGCCCGACGACCAGAGCAAGCAGAAGGAAUACCGCUCUAGCGCGAGCAGCAUGAUUCCCAUCACGCCUGAAAGCCAGGCCAGCACGCUCAAGGACUACGAGCCCGGCCAGACGGUGCUUGCCCUCUACCCGCAGACGACCACCUUUUACAAGGCCGAAGUGCACGGCACGACGACGCCCGGCAAGGUUGAUCUCAAGUUUGAGGGCGAAAACGACUCGACGACGCUGCAGCAGGUGGACCGGAGAUAUGUCAUCGAGUACAGGCAAUGA